AUGAGCUUGAAGGACAUGAAGGUGAAUUGGGUGAAAUUCCAACAGUUAGUUGUGAAUUGGAAGAAAUCAAUGCGAGUUCUCUGUAGCCAUACCCUUAAUACUGAUAACUAUUGUUUAAUGGACUUGUCAAGGAACCAAUUGAUUGGCAAAAUCCCGGAUUCCAUUAGCGAGCUUAAAGGCCUAAAGUCUCUAAACGUCUCCAACAACCAGCUCACAGGAAUAAUUCGAACGACUUUGGGUGAGCUAGAGAACGCCGAGGAACUAGACUUAUCACACGAGAAGCUUUUUGGAGAAAUACCACCUUCAUUUGCAAUGCUCAAUGAGCAACAAUAA